AGAGAGAGAGUCUGUCUCUGAUCCCUGAGCCCGGCUAUCAGGGCUGAGCCGGGCCGGAGGGAACCGGUUACCUGAACACAACAUUACGUCCCGUUGCUGAUUGGUGAUUGGCCGGUGGCCCUGUGACGCAGUGGUGAACAACAGGUUCAUGAGUACAGCAAACAGGACAAUUUUCCCCUCCCGCCUCCUCCUCCUCCCCCUCCUCCUCUUGUGGGACAUCCCAGGGUAUAAAAAGAACAAACCGUCCCUCCGCAGCAGACACAGCGGACCGAGAAGGAGACGCAGUCCUCAAACCCUCCUGAGGCCGAGCCACAGCCUCCUGCUGCCACCAACCACUGACGGUAACCUGGUCUGUUCUCCUGGCCACUCGCCUCCCUCUCCACCUCCUCGGGUCACUAUCGUCCCUCCAGAAUCCUCCGGACUCCUCUUGCCUCUCCGGACCCCCUCCCCCCCCCCCCCCUCUCCCCCCUACCCGCCAGCCGCCAUGCCUCCCCAGCUCCCGUCCCAGAACCGGAAGGGCCCCCGGGUCCUGCAGGGCGACCCCGGCGCCCUCAGCGCGGCCGUCAAGGAGUUCGUGGACGCCAACGUGAGCCUCUGCCAGCCCGACUUCCUCCACAUCUGCGACGGCUCCGCCGAAGAGAACGAGGCCAUCCUGACGCAGCUGGAGGAGCAAGGGACGAUCAAGAAGCUCCUCAAAUACGAGAACUGCUGGUUGGCCCGGACCGACCCGAGGGACGUGGCCCGCGUGGAGAGCAAGACCGUGAUCGUGACCCGGGACCAGAGGGACACGGUGCCCACGCCGCUGGAGGGCGGAGUCAGCCAGCUGGGCCGCUGGAUGUCCCCGGAAGAGUUCGACAAAUCGAUGACUCAGCGGUUCCCCGGCUGCAUGAAAGGUCGCACCAUGUAUGUGAUUCCCUUCAGCAUGGGCCCGGUCGGUUCCCCCCUCUCGAAGAUCGGAGUGGAGCUGACGGACUCCCCCUACGUGGUGGCCAGCAUGAGGGUCAUGACCCGCAUGGGGAACGCCGUGCUGUCCGCGUUGGGGACGGGCGAGUUCGUCCGCUGCCUGCACUCCGUCGGCUGUCCACUGCCGCUUAAAAACUGGAUUUGUCUCCCAGAGCCCUUGGUGAACAACUGGCCGUGUAACCCCGAGCAGACGUUGAUCGCCCACAUCCCGGACAGCAGGCAGAUCGUCUCGUUCGGCAGCGGCUACGGAGGAAACUCCCUGCUGGGCAAGAAGUGCUUCGCUCUUCGCAUCGCUUCGUGUAUCGCCAAGGAGGAGGGCUGGCUGGCGGAGCACAUGCUGAUCCUGGGCGUCACCAACCCGGCCGGGGAGAAGAAGUACAUGGCGGCGGCGUUCCCCAGCGCCUGCGGGAAGACCAACCUGGCCAUGCUCAGCCCCACGCUGCCCGGCUGGAAGGUCGAGUGCGUGGGAGACGACAUCGCAUGGAUGAAGUUCGACGACCAAGGCAACCUGCGCGCAAUCAACCCGGAGAAUGGCUUUUUCGGAGUCGCGCCCGGCACCUCCGCCAAGACCAACCCCAACGCCAUGGAGACCAUCGUCAAGAACACCAUCUUCACCAAUGUUGGAGAGACCAGCGACGGCGGCGUGUACUGGGAGGGCAUGGACCAGUCCUUGCCCGACGGGGUCACCAUCACGUCCUGGACGAACGAGCCCUGGAGCUCAGAGGACGGCAAACCCUGCGCUCAUCCUAACUCUCGUUUCUGCACUCCGGCUGGGCAGUGUCCCAUCAUCGACCCCCUGUGGGAAUCCCCGGAGGGAGUCACCAUCGAGGCCAUCAUCUUCGGAGGGCGCCGGCCAGAAGGCGUGCCGCUGGUUUACGAGGCGUUCAACUGGCAGCACGGAGUGUUUGUCGGAGCGGCCAUGAGGUCAGAGGCCACCGCCGCCGCCGAAUACAAAGGCAAGAUGAUCAUGCACGACCCCUUCGCCAUGCGCCCCUUCUUCGGCUACAACUUUGGCCACUACCUCUCCCACUGGCUGAGCAUGGCCGACCGCCCCGGCGCCAAGCUACCCAAGAUCUUCCACGUCAACUGGUUUCGCAAGAGCCCCGCCGCCGGAUUCCUCUGGCCCGGCUUCGGCGACAACAUCCGGGUGCUGGACUGGAUGUUCCGGCGGGUGAGCGGCGAGGCCGCCGCCGUGCCCUCCGCCGUGGGCUACCUGCCCUGCUACGAAUCCCUGAACCUCCAGGGCCUGCAGGGGGACGUGGACCUGGACGAGCUGUUCUCCCUGGAUAAGGGGUUCUGGCAGAGGGAGGUGGAGGCGGUGAGGAAGUACUUUGCCACGCAGGUGAAUGACGAUCUGCCCAAAGAGGUGGCCGAGGAGCUGGACUUCCUGCAGCAGAGAGUGAAGCUCAUGUAAAACCUGAAUCUGAAAGGAGCUUAUUGGUAAAUCUAGAACAUUUUGGUGAUUGUAAAACAUGAUUUAAAAAAGAAAUUCUACUUUUUUAAUUGGCUGGAAAUCGCCCCGUUCUUGUCAGAUUAUUAAUCUGAGAAUAUUUCUGUGAGAAAUUGUGCUCGGGAUGUUUCCGAUGAAUAUAAAUAUGUUAAAGAGUUCACGAACAUUCUCAAUGAAUACGAGCCUCGUGGCAUGAAGUCCAGAGGAGAUGUUUCCUUUCCAUCCGUUCACACGCUGUCGUACCAGUGUUAUGUUUUCAACUGCUCCAAAGUAUCGUCCUACUGAAUGUCUGAAUUCUACUAUUUAAUAGUAACUUAUUAUAAACGCACAUCACACUGUCACUGCUACGUUGUUUGAGCCCCCUGAACACGGGGGACAUGUUCCUGUCUUUAUUUGUUGUCUUAAUUUAUUUUUAUACGCUGUCUGAAUCUCUUGGUUCUUGUUUUGAUGGGAGAGAACAAUAAAAGGUAUUUUCAUGGA